AAAAUUGGUCCGGAUCCGCGUUUCAGCCUAAUUACUCCUACUAUAAUUUAGCCCUAAUUUCCCAAAUCGAGCAAACCUCAUCGCAGCUUGUGAGCGACGAGACAACCAACAGCGCCACAUCCCUCUCACAUGGGGAAACGAGUGAGGCAAUCCUCUUCCUAUCCUAACCACCAGGUGAACUCUGUUUAGUGGACUUUCAUUUCACAUUUAACAAUCCCCAGGCACGCUGGUAUAAGAUAUUAACGAGAAUAACACAAUGCUUGAUAUGCAUUGAGGUCUGUUUGGUGGGGUCCUGCUGAAAAUACGGGACGUUGAAUUAUUUCAUGUAUUUCGUUGGAACUAAUUCACCCUAUUUUUGUGGUUGAUUGUCGGUAGAGGGAUGGUGAGCAUUUGUAGGAUUGAAUAAGCCAGCUGCCGGAUGGAAUUCUUGCCCACAUUUUUUCUCUCCUGGAACUUAGAGAAGCAGGAAGAAGCAGUGUGCUUUCACAUAGAUGGAGAGAUUUGUGGAAAUUCUCCACUAGUUUGAAUUUUAUCAAGUUGGUUGGAAUGCUAGCCACGAGGGAACUUACUCUCAAAAACCUGAGGUUGGAGCUCACGGGCGCCGAGAAAAAAAGCUCCGCUGCAAAAAUGGCUUUAUCACAGUUCCGGGGACCCUUCAAGGUAGUUGGUUCGGUGUUUACAAAGGAUGAGUAUGCCAAAGUUGGUAUGCAACUUCAUAGUCUGGCCUGUAAAGCGACCGAAGCUGAUGAGAAAUUGAAGGUGCUCAAGGAGUCGAUUGCUUCGGAGGAAGCAAAAAAAGCACAGGAAAAGUUCGAAAUUUGGUUGGAGGAGACUGCUGGCAAAGCGGCUCGUAGUGUAGCUGUUUCAAAUGCUUCAUAUGCCGAGUUCCUUUAAUGCACGGCAAAUUACUAAAAUUGGAUUAUAGCGUAUUGGUUUUACUGUUGUUUCUGUCUUGUACGCUGACCUGGUAUUCUAGAUCAUUUCGAUAUCUGGCAAACCUUUGUUUGUUAAGAUGCCAGAACUUCAUUUUGAAGUUUGGUUCCCCGUAUCGGUUGGAACCAAGAAUCUUCUUGGUUCCUUUUGUAUUGGCAAUUGUAAUGGCGACGCUUCCUUCUUGGAUAUUUUUAAUUUUCUAGUAGUAUUUUUAUAUGUUAGAUAAGUUGUUCUUUUUGGAA